AAAUUAAUAUAUAUAUAUAUUGGACUUCUAACCCCCUUUAUAUGCGAGCUAGAAUUGAAGUUGGCCAUAUAACAUAAUACAACACUAUCCUUGCUUCUUGUUAGACAUGGCAACUACUACACUCAUGAAGCUUGCUUUCAUGCUUCUCAUGAACCUUGUUAUCUGCAGCGCAGAAUCUUCCAUCGGCAGAAAGUCCAAUCCUAACCCAGAAGAGUUCGUGAAGUCCUCGUGCAGGGCAACACGGUACCCUGUUCUAUGCGUCAAGUCUCUGUUGGCCUACGCAAGCGUGAUUCGCCGAAGCGACCGACAACUAGCCACGACCGCUCUGUCGGUAAGCAUAUCGAGGAGCCGAUCCUCCGCAUGGUUGGUGAAGAAGAUGUUGAAAGCGAGAGGCAUGAAGCCUAGAGAAUACAGAGCGGUGCAAGACUGCGUGGAGAACAUUGGUGACAGCGUGGACCGUCUCAGGCAAUCGGUUACGGAGUUGGGGCGGACGGGCGAGGACUUCGUCUGGCACAUGAGCAACGUCCUGACUUGGCUCAGCGCUGCCCUCACCGACGACAGCACUUGUCUUGACGGCUUCGCUGGUUCCGCCAUGAACGGAAACGUGAAGGCUCUUAUAAAGGACAGGAUUGUCCACGUUGCUCAAGUCACAAGCAACGCUCUCGCUUUGGUUAACCGCUUUGCCUCAAGACACCCAAGUGCUACUCAAACUCCUUAACUCUUAUUUCAUGCCUUUCUGUCUUUUUAAAUUUCUUCUCUUGGAAAAUCCUACCUAUGCUACUAAGUCUUUGUAAUAUAGGGCUUUUUUAUAUAUGCUGUAUCUAACUAGUUCCUAUUCAAUAAUUGAAUUCCCUUUUGUCAGACGCAAUUCAAAGAGGGAAAUAAAUCUCAACCGUCAAGGCUUGGAUCA